AUGGAUGAAGCAGCCUCAUGCAAAGCCUAUGACUACGGGCCGCGAUCGCCGGUGCGGGAAGCCUGGGCAUCGGAAAAUUCCGAGCAGGGGCAGGGGUCACAACAUUGGCACGAGGGAGCGCAAUGUAGCGACCGCUUCAUCCCGAGCAGGGCGGCUUCCGACCUGGAAUCUGGGCUCACGCUCCUGUCAGAAAGCUCGAGACCUCCCGAGCCCCGUGACGAGGGCAACUCUGUCUACGCACAGCUUCUCCGAAGUGAGCUCUUGGGAAUUCACGCGGGCUCUGAGAAGGAAGAGAAGCCCUUCAGGUCUCCGGACAGCAAGAGCCUCUUCAAGUACAGGAGCUGCGCACAGGCCAGCCCGGAGGAUGCCUUCUCCCUGUCGCCGGUUUCAUUUCAGAGCAGCCGCUUGCUGAGUACUCCUCGGAAGGCGCCCAGAAAGAUUGCCAAGGUGCCCUUCAAGGUGUUAGACGCCCCGCAGCUUCAGGACGACUUCUACCUAAACCUCGUGGACUGGUCUUCUGCCAACGUGCUCUCUGUGGGCCUGAGCAACUGCGUCUACCUCUGGAGCGCAUGCACGAGUCGGGUGACCAAGCUCUGUGACCUGGGGCCCGACGACACCGUGACCUCGGUUGCGUGGACCCAAAGAGGCGCGCACUUGGCGGUUGGAACCAACAAAGGUGAGGUCCAAAUAUGGGACUCCACGCAGUGCCGCAAGAUGCGGACCAUGAGCGGGCAUUUGGGAAGGGUCGGCACCAUGGCCUGGAACGGCUUCGUCUUGUCCACCGGGAGCAGAGAUCACCACAUCCUUCACAGGGAUGUCCGGCAGCCAGCGCCCUUCAUGUCAAAGCUUCACGGCCAUCGGCAGGAGGUCUGUGGCCUGAAGUGGUCCUUCGACGAGCAGCAGCUGGCAUCGGGCGGGAAUGACAACAAGCUGUGUGUUUGGUCUCUGAAAUCCACGGAGCCGGUUCUGAAGUUCAACCGCCAUCAGGCAGCCGUCAAAGCCAUUGCUUGGUCCCCACACCAGCAUGGGCUGCUGGCUUCAGGGGGUGGCACGGCAGACAGGUGCAUCCGUUUCUGGAACACAGUGAACAACAUGCCCCUGUCCUGCAUCGACACCGGCUCCCAGGUUUGCAACCUCGUUUGGUCCAAGAAUCUCAACGAGAUCGUGAGCACGCACGGCUACUCCCUGAACCAGAUCAUCUUGUGGAAGUAUCCUUCCAUGACCAAGGUCGCGACCCUCACAGGCCACACAUACAGGGUCCUGUAUCUCGCCAUCUCGCCUGACGGUCAGACCGUGGUCACUGGUGCAGGAGACGAGACGCUUCGCUUUUGGAAUGUGUUUCCGAGUACAAAAUCGAGGUCGGGAUCAAGUCUAUCCUUCUCGCUUCCCCUCGGCCGCACAAUCCGAUGA